AUGAAUAAAGUCGAAAAUUCUUUUCCUGUUGAAAAAAAGCAAGAUCACCGAAUGAUUGCUAAAGAAUUAGAUUUAUAUAUCCUAGACGAGAAGGCCGGACAAGGCUUGCCAAUUUUCGAAUAUUUAUACAAAACCAGCGGGCAUUUGGAUCAUUAUCAAGAAUAUAUGUUUCCAGAAAUCAGCCGCAAUAAUGAGACUUUUUAUUUACGACCGAUGACUUGCCCUCAUCACUGUCUAAUUUACCAGCAAAAGCCUCGUUCUUACCGAGACUUACCAUUCCGUCUAUGCGAAAAUUCUCUCCUGUUUCGUUAUGAAGCGUCGGGAGCCUUGAAAGGACUGGAACGACCCCCACCCGAGCAGUUAAAAGAGGAGUUGAAAAAAAAUUAUCAUUACAUUGCGGACAUUUUGACAGCCUUCAACUUUCCCAUUUCGCGUCUCGACAUUUUAAUUAAUGCUUUAAAUGAGUUGAAAUUAAGUUAUGUUAUUCUCCGAGGUGAAGCGGCUUUUUAUGGUCCAAAAUUAGACUUGGAAAUCACGGCCGCGGACGGCAAAAAUAUUACUAUUUCCACUAUCCAGUUAGAUUUCAUUCUACCCCAAAAGUUCGUGGCUAUUUUACCUUUUAAUGAAGAAAAAGAAAUUAAAGAUUAUUGUGAAAAAUUGGCAGGAGAAUUAAAGGAACUUGGUUUACGAGUAAAAAUAUUCACCAAAAAAAAAUUAAAAGACCGUAUUCGGCAAAUGUAUCAAAAAAAAAUACCUUACUAUUUGGUAAUUGGCAAUGAGGAAAUGGAGGCAAUUAAAAAAGACAAAAACGAGUCCGAACAGAAAACGGAAUUAAAAUUAAUGUCUACUUACGAGAAAGGAAAAAUAGAAAAAUUAACCCCAAAAGAAUU